AAUAUUUUGACUUUUGAUAGACCUAACACUCGCCCUUCGUAAUAACGCAAUAUCGCUAUUAGCGAUAUAAUAAUAAUUAAAAAUAAUUGGGAAGCUCUUAUAUAUCAACAUAUUUAAUAUCUCUAUUUAGUUUGUGACUUUGUUAUACUACUAUCUCUGAUCUGUGACGAGAAGCGAGACGAAGAAACAAAAUUAGUAGUACUGAGUUUUGUGACAAAUUAUACCGUUAGUGAACUAAACGAUGCUUAAAAAUUAAAACUAAUUUUAUUAGCUACAUAGUAGUUUCUUUUGUAAUUCUAAAAUGGGGGACCCAGAGUGUAUGUAUGGUUCGUCAUUAUCCAUUGAUUCUAUGAAAGUGAUAGCUGAGAGCGUUGGCAUCGCCAGCUUGGGAGACGAUGCUGCUAAAGAGUUGGCUGACGAUAUUUCGUACCGCUUGAAAGUGAUAUUACAGGACUCCUUAAAGUUUAUGCAUCAUGCCAAGAGGCAAAAGUUGUCGAUAACCGAUAUUGAUCACACCCUGAAAAUUAAGAACAUUGAGCCACAGUAUGGUUUCCUGCAACCUGAUUCAUUGCCAUUUCGCUUUGCAUCUGGUGGUGGGCGAGAAUUGCAUUUCAUUGAAGAAAAAGAAAUUGAUUUGUCUGAAAUAUUAUCUGCUACUCCACCAAAGAUACCUUUGGAUGUGUCUGUACGAGCUCAUUGGUUAAGUGUUGAUGGGGUACAACCCACAGUCCCUGAGAACCCGCCACCAAUGUCUAAAGAGAUACAGAAACUAGAGUCUGUUGAUCCAAUUAGUAAAUUGAGUAAACCAACUAAUAAGGAUACCGCAGGUAAACCAAUGUGUGGAAAAGCCGCAAGGUUGAAGGCAUCAGAAUCAGUACAUGUUAAACAACUUGCCACUCAUGAGCUCAGUGUGGAGCAACAGCUUUAUUAUAAGGAGAUCACAGAAGCAUGUGUAGGCAGUGAUGAGGGCCGAAGAGCGGAAGCUCUUCAAUCACUGGCAUGUGACCCUGGUCUCCACGAGAUGCUGCCUAGAAUGUGCACAUUUAUAUCUGAGGGUGUGAAAGUUAAUGUUGUUCAGAAUAACCUGGCCCUGCUUAUUUACCUGAUGAGAAUGGUAAAGGCCUUACUUGACAAUCAAUCACUUUAUUUGGAAAAAUAUCUGCAUGAGCUAAUUCCAUCAGUGUCGACUUGCAUCGUGGCUCGCCAACUGUGCCUGCGACCAGAUGUGGACAACCACUGGGCGCUGCGAGACUUCGCCUCGAGGCUUAUGUCGCAGAUCUGCAAGACGUUCAACACCUCCACCAACAAUCUGCAAACUAGGGUCACUAGGUUAUUCGCCAAGGCUCUGCAAUGUCCGUCUCAAACAAACAACGAGAGCGGGCCGUCCAUGGUGACUACAAUGAAGGAGUCUGAGAAGACACCGUUGGCCUCACUGUAUGGAGCAGUGCAGGGAUUGGCGGAGCUCGGUCCUGAAGUGAUUAAGGUGUUCAUACUUCCGCGGGUGCGAUGGCUGGGCGAGCGCGUGGAGGGCGCACUGACCGGGCUGGCCGGCGCCGACCGCCUCGCCGCCAGCAACCUCAAGCACCAGCUGCUCAAGGUGCUGGCGCCCGUCGUGCGGCAGUUACGUCCGCCGCCCGACAACCCCGACGACUACAAACGUGACUACGGCUACCUGGGUCCGAGUCUUCAGCAGAUGGUGAGCAAGCUACGAUCGUCUCCUGUGAGCGGCGCGGCGAGCGGAGCGGUGGCGGUGGUCACGUGCACGCCGCCGCUAGUGCCGCACGCGCCGUCGCUAGCGCCCGAGCCCUCGCUAUCUAGCAAGACUCAAGAACCAAUAUCUACCCGUAACGUUGUGAUAAGCGCGUCCCCCACUCCGCAGUCUCCCGCGCCCGCCACGCCACCUCCGCAGAAGUUUGUCAUCGUAUCGCAACAGAAACCGCCGCAGGUACAACCUGCGAGCGGCGCAGGUCAUAUAGUGGUGCAUACCUCUCAGCCAACGAUCGUGCGCAGUCAAAAUUCGGUGGUGGUGACGAGCGGGCCCGCGCACGCGGCGCCCCAGAAGGUGGUAGUGGUGGGGGUGCCGCCCCACCAGCAGACAUCGCAGCCCACUGCCGGACUCGUCAGUCAGGCGCCGGUGUCAGUGGUCGCGAAGCCAGUGUAUGCGCGAGGGGGCGCCCCGCAGCCCCCGCCGGAGCUGGACGAUCUGUCGCACCUCGCCUGACCGCGCCCGCUCACCGUCACCAUCCUCAAACAGUACACCAAGAAGAAGACACAACCAUAAACUGGUCUCCUGCUUUACCCGUUUGUACAGCACCGUCUGGACGUCCGAGCUGGGCGACCUGUCGCACCUCGCCUACGCCCACGCUCACCGCCACCAUCUUGAGACAAUACACCGAGAUAAUUUUUGUGAAAAAAAAUCCUCCUCUUUUGAAGCCGGUUAUAUUUCUAAAACCUUCUCCUAAGCUUAACCAACACUUUCCAGAAAACCGCAUCAAAAAAUUUUCAGCGAAACGCAGACAAACAUACAUACUUAAAAAGAUACAACGUUAUAUUAAACCAAAACUUGUUUCAGAUAAUCCCGUUCAGUUAAAACACGAUGUGUGUAUCAGAUCAGACAGCAUUAUUGUUCCUGUCUUUAUCUAGGGAACGAACGUCAUUAUUCAUAAGUAUUUGUGCGUAGUAUUUUCUUGUUACUUGUGAUUUAUGCUUAUGAGUUAUGAAUGUGGAUGAAACGAAAGAAGUAUGCAUGGAUCGUAGCAAGCGGGAAGAUGUAGUCUCUGCCAACCCCUCCGGGAAAGAGGCGUGGUUUAAUGUAUGUAUUUUUUUGCAAAGUAGAUUUUAAAAUGUCAGAUAAUUUGGCUGGUAUUUAAAAAGUCACCCGGUAUAGUUCAGGUAGCAUUGCUGUUGCAAAUACGAUUUUCACCAAAAUUCUUCUGAAACAAAUUAAUGUGAUUAGAAACUUAAGAAACCUAUUAUAUUACGCCUGGCCCAAUAUGGCCGGUAUUUUAAUACAUCAAGCAAUGUUUUACAUAAACCACCUACUUUAUAUACAUUGCUCUUCUCUAAACUUCUUCUCUCUAGACUUUUUUAAGAAUUAAAAAAUUAAGAACUGUGUCAAUGUCCUCUUGGUAUCAGUGGCGCUUGGUAUUUUGUAUAGAUGUAGUAUGUAUUAAAGGUUAUUACAUUAAUAUCUGUCGCAAUGGUUAAAAUAGCUGUUCAAUUAGACAGCUAGUCAAUUUAUUUCAACACCGCCGUUCGAAUAAUCGACCAACAUAACGACUGGCGACUGAAAAGCCGCUAUUUUUCUGAGCUACACCACGCCUGCACGUGAAUAGCGGUUUGGAAAACCACUUGUCUGCGAUAUAUCUAAUGAAUUUGCAUUGUAAUGUUAAAAUGUUUUAACAUACCCUUUUGACAAUGUUGAUGGCAUUGUAGCCCUAAAAAUGCAAAAAUAUGUUUUUGUUGCAUUUUAUCAAAUGUUAUUAAUGUAAGUGUAUGUAAGUGUAAUUAGAAAAUGAAUAUAAUUUU